AAGCCAGGGUGGCGCCAUCUUGGCCCGGCUCCAGUGCCCAGACCCAAGCCCCCCACUGCUCAAUGGACACGCCCAGCCCAGACCCGUGGCCUUCGCCUUUGCCCGGGGAAGAAGAGAAACCUCUGGCCUUACCUCCUCCUGUUCCCCGGGGCCGCCGAGGCCGACGUCCUGGGGGGGGCACCUCCUCGAAUCGGACUCUUAAGGCAUCCCUUCCUCGCAAGCGGGGCCGCCCCCCCAAGUCGGGGCAGGAGCCCCCACUGGCACAGGGGGUGACAGCCCCGGUGGGCAGCGGCGGUAGCAGUGACCUCCUGUUGAUCGAUGAUCAGGGUGUGCCCUACACAGUCUCUGAAGGGUCAGUAGCAGGCGGGCCUGAGAGCUCUGGCCCUAAGAAGGCCCCGCACUUCUGCCCGGUGUGCCUUCGGGCCUUCCCCUACCUCUCCGACCUGGAGCGCCACAGUAUCUCACACUCAGAGCUGAAGCCGCACGAGUGCAAGGAUUGCGGCAAGACCUUCAAGCGGUCCAGCCACCUGCGGCGGCACUGCAACAUCCAUGCCGGCCUUCGGCCCUUCCGCUGCCCGCUCUGCCCCCGCCGCUUCCGAGAGGCGGGCGAGCUGGCCCACCACCACCGCGUCCACUCCGGGGAGCGCCCCUACCAGUGCCCUGUCUGCCGGCUGCGCUUCACCGAGGCCAACACGCUCCGGCGCCAUGCCAGGCGCAAGCACCCCGAGGCCAUGGAGGCACCCCUGGGUCCUCGGGACCCAGGACCUGAACCACCGUGGGACGACGAGGGUAUCCCGGCCACGGCAGGGGCCGAUGAGGAGGAGCUGGAGGGGAAAGAGCUGGCUUGACCCCCACCCCCGGCCACUGCUCCCCAGGCCAGGUUUAGAGCUGGGCGCUCAGCUGGCACUGAACCUGGGCAGGGAAACUGGGACACAUUCUUGUCUGGUAGUCUUCCUGUUGUGGGAGAAGGUCGAGGGUGAGGACGUCCACUUCCGGGUCCUGCAGCCUUCUGCCACCCUCCCUCGGACUGACAGGCCUGUGGAGGCAGGGGCUGUGGAAAUAAAUAUCUGCCUACUGGC